GGCCCCUCCCCCGCCCCCGCCGGGGGCCACCGCGCCCUCAGCUGCCGGGACCUGAAGGCCGGACAGUAUAUAUGUAAAGAUCCUAAAAUCAACGAAGACACCCAAGAACCGAUGAACUGUACCAAUUUCACAGCUCACGUCCCCUGCUUCCCGGCUCCCAACAUCACGUGUAAGGAUUUCACCGGCAACGAGACGCUCUUCACCGGGAACGAAGUUGGAUUCCACAAACCCAUCCCUUGCCGAAACGUGAACGGUUAUUCGUACAAAGUGGCCGUGGCCCUGUCUUUAUUUCUCGGAUGGUUAGGAGCAGAUCGAUUUUACCUCGGCUAUCCCGCCCUGGGUUUAUUAAAGUUCUGCACUGUGGGAUUCUGUGGAAUUGGGAGCUUAAUUGAUUUCAUUCUCAUUUCAAUGCAGAUUGUCGGGCCCUCAGACGGCACAAGCUACAUCAUCGAUUAUUACGGCGCCAGACUGACGAGGCUGAGCAUCACAAACGAGACGUUUAGGAAGACGCAGACCUACCCCUGACGGAGGGGUUCAGGGCGGUUGAGCGGUUUCCCCGUUGCAAUGGAAAACUCCCGGAAUAUAAAAAUCCCCUCCCACCGUGGUGUCCCACUUGCCUUCCCACACCCCACUGUGAGUUUUGGUGGCACCAAUCGUCAUCAUUAUUGUUAAUUUUUUAUUUUUAUUUUUUAAGGAAAAAUGGAUUCUGGGGAUUCUAGCCACCAGACUUUUUCUGAGAGCCUCCCCUCGGCUCUCUGAGGCCGUCUCUGUGAGAUGUGAUUUUUCCCAGCCCUCUUGCCUUGCAAAUCCUUUCCCAGAGGCCCCUCUCCUCCUCUUCCUAAUAAAAACAAGACCCUCUCCUCCUCUUCCUAAUAAAAACAUGAAAACGCCUA